ACGGACAUCAAAAGAAUUCCUACCAUGGUGAGUUAUAUGUGAAAGUAUAUAAAAGUAUACAUGAAUGUAUGCAUACAAGCAGUUGUGAAAGUUUCUCUAUAUGAACUCGUCAACAGUGUCAGAAGAUAAUAAAUAGUAAAUAAUAAAUUCAAUUAAAUAAAGAUGAAUUUGUUGGUGAUCUUUUCCGUGUGUGUCAUCUUUGGAUAUCAAAAUGUGAACGGCGACUUGAUGAACGAACUGAUGGAAACGUUGCUUAGCGAUCCCAAUACAAGAGAGUUAGUUAAAAAAGCUGAAGCAAAAAUGGAAGCAAAAGACCAAAAUCCCGCGGGAAUGCGCACUGAAUACGGUGGCGGUUUUCGUGGUGGGGACGCCUCGUCCACGAAACAAGAUGCUAUUUACAACAAGAUUAAAGAAUUGGUAGAGAAGUCGAAAAGUAAGAAAGAGAAUUCUGGCUUACCGUGGACAAAAAAAGAAAAGUCAGGAUUACCUUGGUCUAAAAAGGAGAAGCUAGGAUUACCUUGGUCCAAGAAAGACAGGUCAGAAUUGCCAUGGUCCAAAAAAGACAGGUCAGAAUUGCCAUGGUCCAAAAAAGACAGGUCGGAAUUGCCAUGGUCCAAAAAGGAUAUAACAAAUACACCAAAUGGGUUGCCAUGGAAACGUACCCUGUACAAAAGAGUUAUGAAUGAUAUAAAUGAUUUAUUUUCGAUGACUGACAAGACAGAAGAAAAGAAAUCCACAGAUGAUGAAUUGGUCGACGAAUUAUCUGGGUUGUUUAAGCGUACAUAAUGAAUCCUGCACAUAACAAAGAAAAAACUCACACAGUAAUGUACCGUUGUAUGUUUAUGACACAGGUUAAUGGAAUCUAAAAUGGUGGAGAAGCUAUGAAUUAAGUUAUACUGAUCUAAAACGAUUGUAAAACUGUUUUUUAUAACGUUAAAAAUUAGCACUAAAAUUCGUUUAAACUGA